AUGGGUGGCAAGCAAUCUCUUUUAAGCGAUGAAGAUUUACAUGAUUAUCAAACAUUAACGUUUUUAAAUCGUCAGGAAAUUUUGCAAGUUCUCAAAAGAUUUAAUCAUAUUACAUUAAUAAAAAAUCAACGUGAUAAAAUUUCUGAACGACGUUUAUCGAAAAAAGACGCUAUAAAACUUCCUGAACUUCGUGAAAAUCCAUUUCGUGAACGAAUUGUUGAAGUAUUUUCUUCUCAACAAGAUGGUUCAUUAACAUUUGAAGAUUUUCUUGAUAUGAUGAGUGUUUUUUCUGAACAUGCACCAAAAUCUGUUAAAGUUUCUUAUGCAUUUAAAAUUUAUCAAGGAAUUAAUACAAAAAAUCGACCAAAUAAUCAAACAUCAACAUCAAAUGCAAUUGAUUUAUAUGAUAUAAAAGAAAUUAUUCAGCGUUUAUCAGGAAAACAUUUUAAUGAUCAAGAUUUAACAAAAAUUGCCGAAGCAGUUAUUAAUGAAGUUGAUCUUCGAGGUGAUAAAAAAAUUACUGCUGAAAUUUUUGAAUAUUUUCUUUCUAAUGUACCUGAUUUUCCUUCAUCGUUUGUUAUUAAAUUAAGUGAUAAAUAA